UUGCCAUCCCCAUGCCCUUGCGCUUCUAGACCCUUCUAAGCUGCUUUUGGUUUCACUACUUGUCCUGCUAUCCCUAGGCGCAAAUGGCUGAGUAUCAACUUUCAGUUCGAUUUGGUUAUUCCUCUAAGGAAUCAGCUGCUCUCUACGAAGCAGAACACUGUCCAUAUUGGGCACAAAGCCCGGUCAAGUACGCCCAAAACCUCUUAGAGUACUCAGACGAGCCGAUCGAGUACGAUCACCACGACAGUGAUUACUCAGACAACUGCUUCUUCUUUCCUGAGGACUGUUCUUGGUCACCGCCUCGCGACUGGAUCCUCGAAAACGAAGAAUCCGAAGACGAUACCUCCAACAGUGAGGACCACGACACCAUGAUUCCCGGUCUUCCCGAUAUCAAAAUGCUCGACGCGGAGGCCCUCAGCGACUUGCUGGAGGAUAACCUCUCGCCCCCGGAAAUCACCACGAUUCUAGUAUUUGGUACUAAUGGUGCCAUAUUUGCGUACGCCUCGUCUCUUCCAUCCCGGCAGCUGCGAAACUUGAGCGCAACAUACGGGGCCGCUUACACAGCCUACGCAAAGAAUGCCUCAAGUGGUAACCUGACGGGUGUAAAUCCCGCCAGUCACCCAUCAUCAUAUGUGACAGCCCAAUCUAUCUCUCUCGGCGAUGUAGGGUCUAUCGUCUUCGAACUCGACGAACUUGUCGCCGUAGUUACCAGAAUAGCGGAUAAAGUGCUCCUUGCCGCCGUUGGACCGUCCCAACUGGAGCCCGAAGGAGAGGCAGGCCCUUCAACUGGUGCGCAGAAUGGCUCCAUGAACCCCAGUGCGGACGAGUUUCCCCUGCAUGAGCCUAGAACAGGCGCCAAUGGUACUUCCACCAACCAAACUCCCACCAACGGAACCCCCAAUAGCAUCAGCCGAUCUCACAGCGAGGCCAACAUGCAAUCAGAUGCGCAACUUGAAACGCAGUAUGAAAUCGACCGAAGUAAUGACCUCGCACGAUUGGCAAGUCUAAACCUUUCAUCCUCGCCGUCUAUUUUGCUCGCUCUAGAGUCAAAAUCUGCAGCGUUAGGCAAAUUCCUCAGUCAGAAACUGGAGGAUCUUGAGAGUCCCGAGGACUUCUAGGCUUAUGGCACCAUCGCUAUUUUCUUCGUGUAACCUUCAGUUUUCUCAAAUUGUUCUAUAUUACCUUUCUUCAUGAGCCUUAUGAGCUUCUUGUUAUUUAGCCUAUGAUUCCAUGUUUGAUCGAUACUCCCGUCUUGAAGCGUCUUCUCAUUCAAUCUUGUGAUUUAUUAAGGCCGUGUUCCGAUUGUGUCUUGACAGAGCAGAAAUUGUACCGAGAAUUACUCGACUUAG